AAAUUUAGGAGCAGUACGAUACGGCCAACACUUCGCGUCCUCUUCUCUUCUUUGUUGUUUAUCGCCGCAACUCUGCUUCAAGAAACGGGACUGCUCUCCCAUUUUACUGCUACUAUCUGGUAUUUCAUUCUUAAUAUGGAAGUCUGCAACAUCGUAUUCGCACUCCAUCCCAAAAAGAACACCGUUCUUCACAUGACUACAUACUCCGUUGCACACGGCAAGAUAUCAAUUGGUGUGCCCGUCCUUAGAGGCAUACAAAUAUUGUAUUUUGAUUGUCUAAGAGUCAAAGUCGGAUUUGAGUGUCGAUUUUGCAAAGACAGGCUUCAAGUGUGCUUUAACUUUAGAGACAAAAGAAAGCAUUCCAAAUUACAAGAAGGGAAUAUAAAAGAAGGCUAACAGAAAACUAAGGAAGUAGAAUAUGGUGGAAAGCAAAAGGAAGUAAGUGACGUGAAAACACGGUUUCUAUGCAAUGUCCAUCAACUGAUUGUUGAAAGUGUGUGUAGUACCAACUUCUACGGUCUAAAUUGGUGUUGAUGGUGUGUGCACUUUGUUCUAAUUUAUGGAGGCUGACUACGAUUUUGGCUGCAAGAACAUUGUAGUAUUUUUUGGCUUUUAAAAUCAUGAGCCUUUUGAGCCUUUGUUUGGAUUGUAGUUGUUACGAUACAUAUGUAUGAAUGGAUGAUCGACUUUUAUGGAUUUAAUUUUGUUUCUAGAACUGGUUAUUAGACAGAUCAAAAUAUUGUAGCAUUCCAACAUGUGAUCAAUGUUUGUAAUCAAUCAACAAUAGCACU